AUCAACAUUAGAGUUUAUAAUUAGAAACCAAGGACUUCUAUUAAUACGUGGUUCUUUUAGUCAUAUGAUGAGUUACUUAGCGGUGGAACUCAUGGCAGCCCUAGUGUUCCUGUCUGCCAUAUGCAUUCUCAUUGCUCCAGCCAUUGCUGGGCCAGCGUUCAUUCACCAUUCCUGUUCAGAUGAGCAGGAUAACUACACGAGUGGGAGUGCCUACAAGGCAAACUUGAAUCACCUCCUCUCCUCCCUCUCCUCCAACAUCACUGAGGGGUUCUAUAAUUUGUCUGAUGGGGAAAACCCUGAUAAAGUUUAUGCAAUUCUACUUUGUCGAGGAGAUUUGAAGCCAGAUGAUUGCCGUAAUUGCCUCAAUGUCGCCAUAGAUAAUCUCACACUGGAGCUUUGUCCCAAGCAGAAGGAAGCCAUAGCAUGGUAUGAAGAGUGCAUGUUACGCUACUCAAGCCGCAACAUAUUUAGCACCAUGGAAGAUACUCCUGACUUUUCAUGGAGGAACGCCUAUACCUUUUCAGACCAAGAAAAGCCUCAAUACAGUAGACAAUUCUUGAGCUUGUCGCAAAGCCUAACAGAUCGAGCUGCAGCAGGUGGUUCUCUCCGUAAGUUUGCAGUAGGACAUGCAGCAGGACCAGACGUCAAUACAAUUUAUGCACUUGUGCAGUGCACGCCCGAUUUGUCUGAGGAAGACUGCAAACUUUGCUUGACUGGGGCUUUUGCAAGUUACUGGAAAUAUUUUGCUGGGAUAAAAGGUGGGAGAGUUCUUAGGCCUAGCUGUAAUUUUAGGCAUGAGAUCAACGCCUUCUACAACCUCACAGCUGAAGCACCACCACCAUCGCCGCCUUCUUCAGCUGAAGCACCACCACCAUCGCCGCCGCCUUCAGGUAAAGGGAGUCACAAAUCUACAACUACAGUCAUUAUAGUUGUGCUCGUUUUUGCUUUUGUGGUAAUAGCCAUCUUCAUUUCCAUCUAUUUUAUAGUGAAGAAGCGAAGGGAGAAACCAACAAUCCAAUUAAACCCUAAAACUUCAUCAUCUUCUGAACGUCAUUGGGAUGUCUUCCUCAAUUUUAGAGGUGAAGACACCCGCAAUCAUUUCAUCGAUCACCUUUAUGCUGCCUUGGCGCGAGCCAAAAUUUGCACCUAUAAAGAUGAUGAGACGCUUCCAAGAGGGGAGACCAUCUCUACUGAACUUCUCAAUGCAAUUCGAAAAUCAAGGAUUGCUAUUGCGGUUUUCUCCAGAGGCUAUGCUUCUUCCACAUGGUGCCUUGAUGAGCUUGCGGAGAUCAUGGACAAUAGGAAAAUUAGAGGGCAAACUCUUCUUCCAAUAUUUUAUGACAUAGAACCCUCGGAUGUCCGAGAACAUACCAAUACUUUUGCAGAAGCAUUUGCUCAGCAUGAAGAGCAGUUUCAGAACAAUAUGUGGAAGGUGCAAAGGUGGAAAGAAGCUCUUACUGAAGCUGCAAAUUGUUCCGGCUUCGAGCCCAAACGCAUUGCAAAUGGGCGUGAGUCAGAAUCCAUCAAGAAGAUUGUUGAAGACGUUAGGCGUAGAUUAAAAGCCGGUGCUAACCGGAAUGUUGCCAGGCGGGUAAAAAUAAAGUUCCUAAACCUCAUGGGGUAUUAGGUAUUUAACCCUCUUUUAAAUCUUGUAACAAGUGCUAUUCACUUUGUGGGCAUUUAUAUAGGAUUGAUGGGUGAAAUUGGUAAAACAACUCUCGUAAAUGUUGUUUAUAGCAAAGUAUGUGUUGAAUUUGAAGGAAGUAGUUUUCUUUCAAAUCUUGAAGAAAAUUUAGAAAAGCCCAAUGGCUUAGUUCAUUUGCAAGAACAACUUUUGUAUUCAUGAUUACAUGAACAUCAAUUAUGUGCAAUGAAUCUUAUGAACAUUUGAUGUUAUUUUAAAUAUAUGAAAUGAAUGUCAUUCAUAAUAUAUUUUAGAGACA